AUGCGACGGUCCAAGAGUUUGCGUGUCUCGGUCGCUAUAGGGCUUCUUUUGACCCUCGUGCUGGUCAAUCGCCAUGUCGCUUCGAUCAAGCCGGCGCAGGCCGGAGAUUUCAAUUUCAAAUCCGAAUUGGUGAUUGAGGACGGUGAAAGCCACAUUGAGCUGGUCUCAAUAGACCGAUAUCCUCGCGUUGUUGUUGACUCUGCGCGCGCUGCAUCCUCGCAUGCGCCGAUUCCACCACCAGCCUCGAUCUCGCAAACGAUAGCGAAGCCUGCUCCUUCACCGGCGGUGCAAGCCUGGCUGGAGCCGACAAGGCCGGCUCCUUCAACCAGAUUUGUGCCCAAGCAGAUUCCUGUUAAUGUGCCUGGCGAAUUCUCCUGGGAUGAUGACGACGAUUCGGACCUAGACGACAAUAGAGAGGAUGAGGCGCAGUUGGGCCAGCGCCACAAGAAUAGCAAACCAACAUCCUCCUCCCCGCCGAAACCGAAAUCAACGCCGAAUUCCGAUCGCAUUGUCAUGCUAGGACGGAUGUCAUAUGAAGAUGCGACGUGGUUGGAGGACGAACUGCCGGAGUGA